AACCUGCAAAGAAUGAUAGAUGUCAACAGCAUUCCAUUUCAGCAAGAUGUCUAUGAAACAGACUUCAGUUUUGCUGCUGAUACAGCUGAUAUGCUACUUUAGAGUUGGAACUUGUGGAAAAGUGCUGGUGUGGCCAACAGAAUACAGCCAUUGGAUCAAUAUAAAGAUGAUUCUGGAUGAACUUUUACAGAGAGGUCAUGAAGUAACAGUUCUGACAUCUUCAGCUUCCGUCCUUAUUGAGCCUAGCAAGGAAUCUUCUAUUAAUUUUGAGAUUUAUCCUGUGCCUUUGAGUAAAGAUGAUCUUCAAUAUACUUUUGAGGAAUGGGUAACUCGAUGGACAUACGAUUUUCAAAAACCCUCACUUUGGAUAUAUUAUUCAAAAAUGCAACAAAUCUUUAAUGAAUAUUCUGAUGUUAUUGAAAGCUUCUGCAGAGCUGUAGUUUGGAACAAGAGUCUUAUGAAAAAACUCCAAGGAUCUAAGUUUGAUGUCAUCCUUGCAGAUGCUGUUGGUCCCUGUGGUGAGCUGUUGGCCGAAGUGCUUAAGACACCUUUAGUGUACAGUCUCCGCUUCUGUCCCGGAUACAAAUGUGAAAAGUACAGUGGGGGGCUUCCACUCCCUCCUUCCUAUGUGCCUGUGGUUCUCUCAGAAUUAACUGACCACAUGACAUUUGUGGAAAGGGUGAAGAAUAUGUUGCAAGUGCUAUACUUUGACUUUUGGUUUCAACCAUUUAAUGAGAAGACCUGGAGUCAGCUUUACAGUGACGUUCUAGGAAGACCCACGACAUUAUAUGAGAUAAUGGGGAAAGCAGAUAUAUGGCUCAUUCGAACCUACUGGGACUUGGAAUUUCCCCACCCACUCUUACCUAACUUUGAGUUUGUUGGAGGACUCCACUGCAAACCAGCCAAACCAUUGCCUAAGGAAAUGGAAGACUUUGUUCAGAGCUCUGGAGAACACGGUAUUGUGGUGUUUUCUCUGGGUUCAAUGGUUAGAAAUUUAACAGAUGAAAAGGCCAAUAUAGUUGCAUCUGCUCUUGCCCAGAUUCCACAAAAGGUUCUGUGGAGAUUUGAUGGUAAGAAACCAGAGACCUUAGGAUCCAAUACUCGGCUGUACAAGUGGAUUCCUCAGAAUGAUCUUCUUGGUCAUCCAAAAACCAAAGCUUUUAUAGCUCAUGGUGGAACCAAUGGCAUCUAUGAAGCAAUCUAUCAUGGCAUUCCUAUUGUUGGUAUUCCAUUGUUUGCGGAUCAACCUGAUAAUAUUAAUCACAUGGUAGCCAAGGGAGCAGCUGUUAGAGUGGACUUAGACACACUGUCAACUACAGACCUUCUCACUGCCUUGAGGACCAUCAUUAAUGACCCUUCGUAUAAAGAGAAUGCCAUGCGGCUAUCAAGAAUCCAACAUGAUCAACCAAUGAAGCCCCUGGACAGAGCUAUCUUCUGGAUUGAGUACGUCAUACGCAACAAAGGAGCCAAGCACCUUCGUGUGGCAGCACAUGACCUCACCUGGUUCCAGUACCACUCUCUGGAUGUGCUUGGAUUCCUGCUGGCCUGUGUGGUGACUGUGAUGCUCAUCAUCAUGAAGUGUUGCCUCUUUUGUUGCCGGAAGUUUUCUAAAGCUGGAAAGAAGAAGAAAAGGGAGUAGCUGAAGUGGGGAGGACUGCUAACAUGGGUAAAAAGAAGAGAAAAGAGUAGCUGCAUUGAAGCCUCAAGAGUCCUGAGAGAUGAGCAUCUCACAGCUGCUCCCAGCAAGAAGAGGUUGAGAUGCCAUAUCUUUCCCUCUAAGAUAAGACAGUUUUUUGUCUUCAGUAAAGAAGGCUUUCAUGUAUUUCAUGUUUAAGGUGUACAAGAUUUCAUGACAAAUAGGCAUUCAGUGCUAUAAAACAAAAAUCACAUGUUCACUUUAGAGUGUUUUGAUGUAAUUGAGGAGCUAUCCCCAACAACAAUCACUGAGAUUAACUGUGAUUCACAAAAGUCACAUGGGCAUAACAUCUUUGAAAAUACCUCUCUAAAUGUCAGUUACCUUUGCAAAUAUCCAGCCUGUUCUGACUUCAUCUGUGGGACUCUUUUCUUUCUUGUUUUUACUACUCAUAAAUAAUAGUGUUCAGGAGCCAGACUUCUGAAGUAGACUUGCUUUUCUCUUUGUAUAAGGAAAGCCAUUUUUCUGGUUAUUUUCCUGUACACACACCACACAUCCUUUAUUUAUUAAAGGAGCUGUGAUGAAGGUUCCUCCUCGAAUCAGAGACAUUUCUCCAUGGCAUUCAAACAAUUAUUUCUACCUGCUUGUGUUAAAUUCCAUUACUUGGGAGGUUCUACAACUUGACAGGAUUAUUCAUUCACUCUCUAUCUUAUCCCUUAGUCACAACUGACCUGGACACUAUCUCUCUUAUUUCAACCUUUUGAAGUAGACAUGAGCUGUUAAAAGUUCCAUUCCUCUUACUUAUAAAGUACACAGGGUUAGGUACAAGAAUCCAAGUCUCUGGAUAAAUGCAAGACAAAAGAAAAUGGUAUCAAGCACAUGAUGUGGAUCCAUAUGUUAUAGAUAAAAAAAUGUGUUGUGCAGUGCAGAAUCACAAAAAGAUUUACCCCAUUGCCACCCUAAUCACUGCAAUAAAAUAUCCACACAUUCUGAAAUGGA